GCAUCGAACGCAUGAAUGUCGUAUGUCGUUGUGAACUUGCUUGCAAACUCAAAGUCAGGGACUGCUUGAUUUUGUGAUGAUCGUGACAACGAAAUUAGCUGCCUGAAUUGACUGUAUUGUAAAGUGCUGAUCAUGGCCGGCGUCGAGCAGUGGGUGAGCGAUCAGCUGCACUCCAUUCUGGGGCUAAGCGAUCGCUAUGUCGCUCAAUUCCUCGUCAACAUGGCCCAGAAGAGCUCCUCUCGACAGGACCUCGUUGAGAAGAUACGCGACACAGGUACCAUUUCGGUGAACGACGAUGUCAUCGGAUUCAUGGGACAGCUGUGGGACAAGGUACCUCACCAAGAGCGACGAGAGAAGCCAGCUCGUGUCCGUGAACGUGCCAUGCAGGAGCUGCUCGAGGAGAAUGCCAAGUACACACUGCUUCCAGACAGUGAUGAUGAAGCACCAUCUACAACAGCCAAGAAGAAAAUGUCGAAGAAAAGGAACCUGCGGCGGAAAACAGACGAUGGAAGUGAUGAGGAGAGGCCUACCACCAGCAGUGGUGGAACCAGUGCAGGUGUGAAGGUGAAGCCGGAGCCAAACUGGGACUCUGAUCCGGAGGAUGAACGGUUACGAGACAUCAAAGAGCGGGACGAGUUUGCAGCCCGGCUACGUGACCGAGACAAGGAGAAGACGCGCAAGAUAGUAGAGCGCUCUGACAAGAAAGCAUUUGAGGAGGCGGCCAAGCGACUGAAACUAGAGGCCGAGGACCGACAGCGACUUCUGCCUAAGCUGCGAGUCGAGUCACGACGCCAGUAUCUGGAGAAGCGGAAAGAAGACAAACUGGUCGAGCUGGAAGCCGACAUUCAUGAUGAACAGUUUCUCUUCUCAGAUGUAAAAUUGACCAGUCGUGAACGUAAGGAGUUGGAGUACAAACAAAAGGUUCUGCAGUUGGCCAAAGAACAUGACCGUGCACGAGAGCUGGAAAAAGUGCAGCGAUACCGCAUGCCCCAGGAACGCAAGGGCAAGGAUGACAUUGGAGAGUAUGUCGAAGUGGAUGAGCGUGAGCAGGUACCACAAGCAGAGCAAUGCAAAUGGGAGGAGGAGCGAAUGGGUAUUGCCCGAAUGCACUUUGGUGCAAAGGAUGCCAAGGAUAAGGGCAAGGAAGAGACGUACGACCUGAUCUUGGAUGAUGCCAUUGAGUUCGUCCAAGCGCUCCGUGUGCCAGGUACAAAGCAUAAAGACGGCAAGCCUGAGCCAGAGCUGAGUGAUCAGGAGCGCAAAAAGCUGAGCAUUCAGGAGACUCGUCGCAGCCUUCCUAUCUUUCCUUUCCGGGAAGACCUCUUACAAGCCGUUGCUGAUCACCAGGUGCUGAUUAUUGAAGGGGAAACUGGCUCAGGAAAGACGACACAAAUUCCCCAGUACCUCUAUGAAGCGGGCUAUACGGCCGACAAGAUGAAGAUUGGUUGCACCCAGCCACGACGAGUUGCUGCCAUGAGUGUGUCUGCUCGGGUCUCUGAGGAGAUGGGUGUCAAGCUGGGAAACGAGGUGGGCUACAGCAUCCGGUUCGAGGAUUGCACGUCAGAGCGGACAGUGCUGAAGUACAUGACCGAUGGCAUGCUUCUCAGGGAGUUCCUCUCAGAACCUGAUUUGGCCAGCUACAGUGUCAUCAUAGUGGACGAAGCACAUGAGCGCACCCUUCACACAGACAUCCUGUUUGGCCUGGUCAAGGACAUCGCACGGUUUAGGCCAGACCUCAAGUUGCUCAUAUCCUCAGCAACUCUGGAUGCUGAAAAGUUUUCUGAGUUCUUUGAUGAUGCACCAAUCUUCAAGAUUCCCGGUAGAAGAUUUCCGGUCGACAUCUAUUACACCAAGGCUCCUGAGGCAGACUACCUGGAUGCGUGCGUGGUGACAGUCCUGCAGAUCCACAUCACCCAGCCGCUGGGUGAUAUUCUGGUCUUCCUCACCGGGCAAGAGGAAAUUGAAGCCUGCCAGGAAAUGCUCAUGGAGAGGACUCGAAAGCUGGGCUCCAAGAUCCGGGAGCUGGUUAUCCUGCCCAUCUAUGCCAACCUGCCCACAGAGCUGCAGGCUAAGAUAUUUGAACCGACACCCAUGGGUGCUAGAAAAGUGGUGCUGGCGACGAAUAUUGCAGAAACCUCCUUGACUAUUGAUGGCAUAAUCUACGUGAUUGACCCGGGCUUUUGCAAGCAGAAUAGCUACAAUGCCCGCACAGGCAUGGACUCGCUGGUUGUCACACCCAUCUCCAAGGCAUCGGCCCGACAGCGUUCAGGCCGUGCGGGUCGCGUGGCUGCAGGCAAGUGCUUUCGGCUCUACACAGCAUGGGCAUACGAGCAUGAGCUCGAGGAUAACACGGUGCCCGAGAUACAGCGGGUGAACCUUGGAAAUGUGGUUCUCAUGCUCAAGUCGCUAGGCAUCAACGAUCUGCUCCACUUUGACUUCCUGGACCCGCCUGCUCAUGAGACAUUGGUGUUGGCCCUGGAGCAACUGUAUGCUCUCGGUGCUCUGAACCACCUGGGCGAGCUCACAAAGCUUGGUCGUCGGAUGGCCGAGUUUCCUGUCGACCCCAUGAUGGCAAAAAUGCUCAUCGCAUCUGAGAAGUAUCGAUGCUCAGAGGAGGUGCUCACGAUUGCUGCCAUGUUAUCGGUGAACAGCUCUGUCUUCUACCGGCCCAAAGACAAGGCCUUGCAUGCUGACACGGCGCGCAAGAAUUUCUUCUCUCCAGCUGGAGACCACCUGACACUCAUGAACGUCUACAACCAGUGGGCUGACACUGAUUAUUCGACCCAGUGGUGCUACGAGAACUUUUUGCAGCAGCGGUCCAUGAAGCGGGCGCGGGACAUUCGUGACCAGCUCCAGGGGCUCAUGGAUCGAGUUGAGAUCGAGCUGCUGUCCAGCAGGGACGACAGCGUUGCCAUUCGUAAGGCCAUCACGGCAGGGUACUUCUACCACACGGCACGCUUUUCCAAAGGGGGCCACUACAAGACCGUCAAGCACCAGCAGACGGUCAUGAUGCAUCCAAACAGCUCCCUCUUCGAAGACCUGCCUCGCUGGGUGGUCUAUUUCGAGCUAGUCUUCACGACCAAGGAGUUCAUGCGCCAGGUCAUUGAGAUUGAGAACUCGUGGCUGUUGGAGGUAGCACCGCACUACUACAAAGCGAAGGACCUCGACGACAGCACCACCAAAAAGAUGCCAAAGAACACGGGCAAGGCGAGGGCCGACCUCGUGAGAGUCCACUGACCUCAGGAGUGCAUAGACAUCAUUAUCAUCAAAGGUGUGCCUGGAAAUCAGCCAAUGCGUGAAUGAUGCAUUCGACUCCUACAGUGGCCCGUGCUAGUUUUUGCCCGCAAAUUUUGAAGCAUGGUGCAACACUACGAGCAGCAGCAACAGCCGAUGCACUGUAUGAUCCUGUUUACUGUGGUACAUGUGCUUCGGCACUAGACCCUUCUUUACGGUGAUUUAUCAUGAGCCCACUGCCAGCUUUUAAAGAAUGACGGUGAAUACAUCACGGGCAGCAGUCGACUGUUGCUGAAUCAUGAACUUAGCGUGACGUAUAGGUGCUGACACUGCUGCUCACUCUUUCAAAAGUGUGUAGAACGCCCUAGACUUACACAGCUGCAACAGAAGAACACUUGUGCAAGUGCUUGUGUGCAACACAACCGAUGGUAUUUGUGCAGACUGAUUCGACUUUAUUUUCACUGUACAUAUGGUAAAUAAGAUCAUUUUUUUAACUACCGCAGAUAUCUUGUCUCAUGUGCAGUGUGUCAGUACUUUAAAUGGGCUUCAGAUGACUUGUCUGCUACUCUGCAUGAAUAAAAAAUGACUCCAUGCAUUUAUUUGA